AUGAAUCCUGGCAGCCCCGCUAUUGCUGGCACCUCAGACAGGGCAGAGGGACAGCUGGCCUCCCCAGAGGCGCUGACGAGGCUUGCUCUGGCAGAGCGAUCCGCGGCCGGCCCUGCUUCAACAUCGGGCCAAGAAACCCCUGCACUGCCGGCGGGCUUGCAGCAACAGGCUGCCAUGCAGGCACAGAGACUGCUGCGGCGGAGGCUGCUGGAUCCGCAGGGGGCAGGCAUGGCGCUGCGGCCGGAGCUGGAGGCAGCCAGGGCAAAGCUGUACAAGCAGCUGAGCACCACCGUGGAGCGCCCGGGCGCCAACACCUCCUACCUCAUCAUCGGCGCGCGUGGUACCGGCAAAACCCUGAUGGCGGAGCGGACAGUGGGGGAGCUGUGCGCAAAGUACAACACAAAUCCGGACAGCCCUGUGGUGGGAGUGGUGCGGCUGAGCGGCCUGGUGCACAGCGCGGACCGCGUUGCCUUCCGCGAAAUCGCCCGGCAGUUGUGCGAGGCCUUCAAUGUUAGCUUCAGCCGCGCAGCUUCACUGGGAGACAACCUGGACUUCCUGCGGGACAUGCUCAAAGAGCUGCGCAAGGGCCACAAGUCGGUGGUGUUUGUGCUGGACGAGUUUGACCUGUUUGCCAAGCCGGUGAAGCAGACCGUGCUCUACAACCUGCUCGAUGCCCUGCAGGCCUCCAACAUCCAGGCGGCGGUGGUGGGACUGAGCGCGCGGUUCGAUGUGAUGGAGAUAAUGGAGAAGCGGGUCAAAUCGCGCUUCAGCCACCGCCGCGACAUCGUGCUGGAGCUGGACGCGGCCGGCUUUGAGCAUCCGCACAGCGGCGUCCCCUCCCUCCUCGCCGCCAUGCUGGCGCUGCCGGAAGAGGGUGCCUCGCCUGAGGCACCAUGCACAGCUUUUGCCAGGGGCUGGAACAAAUCGCUGCAUGCGGCACUGCAGGACUCGGCCCUGCUGGCAGAGCUGCGACUUCUGUUUGACAAAGGCACGGCUGGGGACGCCUGCAGACCUGGCGCAGAUUGCACUGGCGGCGGUGAUGCGCGCCGGGCGAGAGCCGGGGGCGCCGCAGCUGCACUGCCUCACAGCCGCCGUCGCAGCCGCGCAGCACCGAUCCCAGGCAUGCCGCUUGUGGAUGCGGUGGCGUCGCAGGGAAUCCUGGAGCUGUAUGUGCUGGUGGCGGCGCUGCGGCUGCACCGGCGCGGCUACGAGCGCGUCAACUUCGAGCUGCUGUGGGCCGAGUACGCCAAGACGGCCGGCAUGGGCCACGCCGAUGUCUACAGUAAGCCGGCCGCCGCGCGCGCGUUUCAGCGCCUCCUCGACGCCGCCCUCCUCGUCUUCACCGAUGCGCGGUGUUCAUUGUCGGCUGUGCUGCAUUUGCUGCACUUUGGCCCUGCUCCUGCGCACAUGCUGUUCCUGCUACCUCGCAUCACCAAAAUGCGCGGUUGUCACGGCAGGUCGGAGCGGCGAAGCGGGCUGUGGGAGUUUUCAGGUGUCGUGGCGCGAGUGGAGGAGCCGGAAGUGGCCCUGGCACUUCAGCAGCGAGGGCAGUGCCCUCCGCUGCUCAAGAACUGGCUGGCCAAGGACAUUGUCCACGUUGGCUCCUAUGCUGACGAGUAA